ACACCUGCUUGGUAGUUACAGUGUAUCAUGUAGGCACAGGUGUCGCACCGCUAUUAAUUGCUUUUAAGUACACCGGGGAAUUUGCAAUACUGUUAUUUCCCCCCCCGUUUUGAUAUUUUGCAGCAACUGCGUUUGGAAAUAGUCGGAUAUUUUAAGGAGUUCCGUGUUUUCAAAGACCAAAACUGUCGCUGUCAAUAGGACUAGUGCUUUGUUUAUGUCGUCCGCGGCAGAGCUGCAGCGAUCUUCAAUUUCUAGUUUUAGUGGUGCGGUGGGUUUCACUUUGUUUGUUUUUCUUUGCCGGUAACGAGUAUGGGACUUCUGUUGCACUGGGUCUUGCUGCUAUCUGUUUCCACACUGACAGACAGUUUUGAUUUUCAACUGGGAUCCAAACCCGUCGCACAUCCGGCUUUUGUGAAGCAGUCAAACAUUGAAGAAAAAGCAGCCAAAAUCGUAAAGAGGUGUCUGUCUUCCUGGCUGGCUCCAUCACUUAAUCACAAGAUUAAACGGAGAAGCCCCGAGCUGGGCGACUCCUGCAAAGCUCUACAAGGAUACGAGACCAAGUUAACAGCCAACACCCACCCUUAUACCUUCAAUGACCUGAGUGGGUCAGUGUCUCUGGCCUGGGUUGGAGAUGGCACAGGGGUCAUCCUGGCUUUGACAACUUUUCAGGUGCCCUUCUUCGUGAUUCUUGGGCAGUCCAAACUCUAUCGAAGUGAGAACUAUGGGAAGUCAUUCGACGAUGUGACUGACCUCAUCAACAACACUUUCAUCAGAUCAGAGUAUGGUAUUGCUACUGGCCCUGAGAACUCUGGGAAAGUGAUCCUGACAGGUGAGGUGUCUGGAGGUCACUCGUCUCGGGUCUUUCUCUCUGAUAACUUUGGGAAAGGUUUCACCCGCAAGGAACUGCCCUUCACCCUCAAGAUGCAGAUCAUAUACAAUCCUGACAAUUCCGAAAUGCUGCUGGCCCUCAGCAUCAAUAAUGAACUCUGGCUGUCUGAAGAUUUUGGCAACGACUGGAAGAAGAUCCAUGACAUGGUGUGUCUGGUGAAAUGGGGAAGGAAAAACACCAUCUUCUUUAGCACCAGCCUCAAUGGAUCAUGCAUUGAGCAGGGAAUGCUGGAACUGAAGAGAACCACAGACUAUGGUAAAACCUUCAAGACUGUCGCCAGCAAGAUCUUUUCUUUUGGAAUGGGUGGACGGUUCCUCUUUGCCUCUGUAAUGACAGGCAAGGGUACUCUGAGGAUGAUACAGGUGUCAGUGGACCAGGGUGAGACAUGGGACACGGCCCAGCUGCCACCUGUUGGCCACGAGCAGUUUUACUCCAUUUUGGCAGCGAACGAUGAUAUGGUCUUCAUGCAUGUUGAUGAGCCAGGAGACAAAGGUUUUGGUACCAUUUAUGUAUCGGAUGAUCGGGGAACUGUAUACUCAAAGUCGCUGGAGCGCCACCUUUACACCAACACAUGGGGCGAUACAGACUUCACUAACAUCACCUCCCUACGUGGAGUUUUCAUCGCCAGUGUCCUGGAUGAAGAUGGCUCCGUGCGGUCUGUGGUGUCUUUUGAUCAGGGAGGGGAAUGGGUUCCCUUGAGGAAACCUGUCAACACAAAGUGUGAUGCUACAGCCAAGGACCCAGAAAAGUGCAGUCUCCACAUCCAUGGAUCGUACAGCAAUGCUAUGAAGAUAAACAGCCCCAUGCUGCCUCUGACUGAACCCAGUGCUGUCGGCCUCAUCUUAGCUCAUGGGAGUGUUGGUGAUGCCAUCUCGGUGAUGACGCCUGAUGUGUAUGUGUCUGAUGACGGUGGGUACACCUGGAUAAAAGCCCUCAGUGGACCCCAUCAUUAUGCUAUUCUGGACUCUGGAGGGCUGCUGGUGGCUGUGACAUAUAGUCCCACUCAACCUGUCAACCAGAUCAAGUUUUCUACUGAUGAAGGACAAUGCUGGGGUGUGUACAACUUUACCAACGAUCCCAUCUACUUUACUGGGCUGGCAUCAGAGCCAGGAGCGCGCUCCAUGAAUGUCAGUAUCUGGGGCUACAGAGACUCUUUACUAGCCCAAUACUGGAUCUCCAUCACCAUUGACUUCAGGGAGCUUCUCACCAGAGACUGUGAUGAUUCAGACUAUGUGCAGUGGUUGGCCCACUCUGAUGACAUCAGCAGCCCCAGCAAUGGUUGCAUACUGGGCUACAAAGAGAAGUUCUUGCGUCUCAGAAAGGAUUCUGUUUGCUGGAAUGGACGAGACUAUCAGGUCACCACCCAGCCAACCCCGUGUCCAUGCACCCUGGAUGAUUUCCUGUGUGACUUUGGAUACUACCGUGAAGAGAACAGCUCGGUGUGUGUGGAGCAGCCAGAUCUGCAAGGCAAGGUGCUGGAGUUCUGUCUGCAUGGUAAAGAGGAGCAACUGCUGUCCAGUGGCUAUAGGAAAAUCCCUGGAGAUAAAUGUGAGGGAGGAACGAUGCCUGAGCGUAAGGAGAUCGACCUCAGUCAGAGGUGUGUGAGUGACCGGGUGGGCCCAGAACCUAUGACAGGCACAGCGUCCAAGUCUGUACCCAUUGUGAUAAUGGUCAUCAUCAUCAUGCUGUUGAGCAUUGCAGCAGGAGCUUUCUUUGUCAAGAAAUAUGUCUGUGGUGGCAGGUUCUUGGUUCACAGGUAUUCUGUGCUGCAGCAGCAUGUCGAGGACAAUGCUGCAGAUGGAAUGGAUGACCCUCUCGAGACCAACCACGUUCAAAAUGGCAAGAUAGAGUUUCAUGAUGACUCAGAUGAGGACAUGCUUGAAUAGCGGGCACAACCAGUUCUGCAACUGAGCAACAGGUUUCCAGUCCACACUGUAGCCAAACACCGUACCUGUAACUCUUCUGUUUCCAGCUACUUUCACCUUCUAGCACAAACUUUGGUCUUAGCUACCAGUGGGUCUGUGUCAUGCUGUCAUCUAAGUAUAAUGAAUGUAUGGAAGCUUUGUGGGACUAAUGGAGAGUUGAGCUAAGAAGGAAGUCUUGUAGUGUUGUGCAGCAGUUAUUGAUUAAGCUUGAAUCUCCAAAUUAUUUUAGGUAAUGGAGGACUGGUGCAGUAAUUUGGACUGCUGACAGUCUUUAAUAAUGGGGUUUGAAGUGAAGCUACUGUAUGUUGUAUAAAUCCUCUACCACUGGACCAUAGGUCCUGCC